UAAUCGGCUUCGCUCGUGCCAGUCACGCCUAGACUCGUUCGAAAAGCGAAACCGAAAUCAUUCCAUGGCGAUGUACGAAGACUGAUGCUCUUGUCGUGGACUCCUUGUGCAAAACGGGCUUCAUUGCAUACAAAACCGAGGACAGUUGCUAAAAACAAGUUAUUUUGUAACAAUAAUGUGAUAUAGGUCGUUAAAAGUGGUGUUAGUGUUUUAGUUACAACCAACAGUGUUUAUACAAAGAAAAAUUGUGAAGUGGUGCAAUAGUGUAAAGUAGAUCUGCCACCUGGCUCUGGAUUCCAAAGGAUUGUUUCAUUUGUGAGAUUAUCACUAAACACGGUCCGCGGAGCCCCGGCCCCGCAUUAUGCAAGUGCGCUCUCUUACAUGCAUAUGAUCAAGUAGAACUAAAUAACUCGAAGCCCGUCCGUUCUUAUUCCGUCAUGACUAUCCUAUGGACGGGAGGGUGUCUGCGAGGGCGACAACGGUAGGCCACAUGCGCCCGCGCCAUGUGGCGCGUGCUGCUGGCCCUGGGGGCCGCGUGCGCCGCCGCGCGCGCCUCGCAGGAUGUGGUGCGCACCUUCUCCGACCCGGUCGCCGCGACCGGCUCUCUCUUCAACCACCUGGUGGUCGACCGCAACACGGGCCGCGUGUACAUCGGCGCCGUCAACAACAUCUACCAGCUGUCCCCCGACCUCGAGGUCGUGCAGUCGAUAGAGACGGGCCCCGUUAACGACUCCGCGCAGUGCACCUUCGAUUGCCCGCCCAACUUCGUGAAGAAACCCACGGACAACGUCAACAAAGCGCUCGUGAUCGACUACGCGACGAGCCGCCUCAUAACGUGCGGCUCGGUGCUGCAAGGGCUGUGCUCCGUGCGCAACCUGAACAAUAUAUCCCACGACGUGCGCGAGGUCCGCGAACCAGUCGUAGCGAACAAUGCCAGCGCGUCCACCGUAGCCUUCAUCGCGCCGGGGCCUCCCAAUCCGCCUAUGACGCAGGUCAUGUAUGUCGGGGUGACCUUCACGGGGAAUUCGCCCUAUCGCUCCGAAGUACCCACGGUCAGCAGUCGGUCCCUGGAGGACGACAGGCUCUUUAUGAUAGCGCGAACGGCGGUCACUACCGGCACGCGUAUGUUCGUCAAUUCGCUGUCCCGGGAACGUUACCCUAUAAACUACGUGUACGGCUUUAGUUCCGAAGGAUUUAGCUACUUCUUGACGACACAGUUGCGAGGCGUAGGUUCCGAUACUUAUUACAGCAAGUUGGUACGUGUUUGUCACGAUGACGAGAAUUACUAUUCAUACACAGAGAUACCUAUGUCCUGUAUGGGUGAAGGAGGAGGCAAUUUUGGAUACAAUCUCGUUCAAGCGGCGUUUGUUGGAAAAGCUGGGUCCGUGUUAGCGGGCGAACUUGGAAUAACCGCUCAGCAUGAUGUUCUGUUUGCCGCGUUCAGCCAGAGUGAAUCUAUUAAUACCAACACACCAUCGAAUUUAUCAGCCCUUUGUGUUUACUCGCUCAAAGCCAUUCGCCGGAAAUUUAUGCAGAAUAUUAAGACUUGCUUCAGUGGGAACGGUUCCAGAGGUUUGGAUUUCAUCUCGCCAUCACAUGCUUGUAUCGGAACCAAGUUGCAGUCGAUAAGUGAAGAUUUCUGUGGAUUAGAUGUUAAUACUCCGUUGGGUGGGGAACAGCCUGUGGAGGCAGUGCCGGUGGCGGUGUUCAAGAAGAGGCUAACUGCUGUGGCAGCCACGGCUACUGGGGAUUACACUGUCGUAUUCGCCGGUACUUCAGAGGGCCAUCUUAAAAAGAUUGUAGUAGAAAGCGCCACUUCAGCUUUCCAAUAUGGUGAUAUUGUUGUGGAUGAAAAAUCGCCAGUGAAUAAAGACUUAUUCUUCGAUACUCAGUUGAUGCAUUUAUACGUGAUGACGGAACGCAAAGUGUCCAAAGUGAAAGUUCAAGAGUGCAGCGUUUACAAAUCGUGCCAGACGUGUCUCGGAGCCAAAGACCCUUACUGUGGGUGGUGUUCGCUCGAGAACAAGUGCAGCUUACGGUCGGAUUGCCAGGAGGCAGCUAAGGAUCCCCUGUACUGGAUCUCCUAUCGCAGCGGUCGGUGCACAACCAUAACCCAAGUGACACCAAAUCAGUUACAACGAACUACAGCAAGAACUUUAGAUUUAGUUAUUGAAAACUUGCCUACUCUUAAUGGACAGUUUUUAUGCGCAUUUACAGCUUUAGAUCGUACUCUUAUAACUAAUGCUACUAGGAAACCCUACGGGGUCAAUUGUACUACUCCGCGUACUGAUACUCUCCCACCUAUUCCGGCCGGUCAGCAUCACUUUACGGCCAAGCUAUCUGUACGCACCACUCAGGGACCUGAUUUUGUGGCUACUAAUUUUACAUUCUUCGAUUGUAACACGUACAGCUCGUGCACACAAUGCGUCAGUUCGUCGUUUCCGUGCGAUUGGUGUGUUGACGGUCAUCGCUGUACCCACGACACAGCAGAAAACUGUAGGAAUGAUAUUCUAGUAACGGGCGUCAGUAGAAUAGGUCCGAGUUAUCGCUCCGGUCCCGGAUUCUGUCCGACGAUAAAUUCAACAUCCGACGGCACGAACGAAAUCUUAGUUCCAUCCGGUGUUAAAAAAGCUAUUAAAGUCAAAGUUCACAUUAUCGGUCAGUUCAUAGUGCAGACGAGGUUCGUGUGCCAGUUUAAUAUAGAAGGUCGAGUAACGCACGUUAAUGCUCAACUUCUCGCUGAUACUAUUUAUUGCGAGCCCGUAGAAUUCACUUAUACAUCUCGGGCUCCCAAUAUAACCGCCUCGUUUGCUGUUAUAUGGGGAGGCUCGAAGCCCUUAGACAACCCGGAUAAUACACAUAUACUCAUUUAUCGGUGUAACGAUAUGGCGGAUAACUGCGGUAUUUGUUUAGCGCUUCCUGAGAAGUUUGGUUGCGGAUGGUGUCAGGGAUCGGAUCGGUGCGAGGUCCAAGAGCAAUGCGGUGUCCCGAGCGUUUGGCUGAACCGCACACAGACUUGUCCUAAUCCCGAAAUUCAUUCUUUCAAACCUCAAUUAGGCCCGUGGGACGGCGGAACGAAUAUCACUAUCGAAGGCAUAAAUCUAGGUAGAAAUAUAUCGGAUAUCUAUAACGGUGUAACAAUAGCGGGUAUUAAAUGUCAGCCUAUCAUUGAGUUAUACGUUAAAACGAGACGUAUAGUUUGCACCGUCGAUGGACCGGGUGAAGAGGUGCCGCGGGACGGGCCGGUCGUAGUGCGAGUGGCCGACUAUCGCGGCGAAUCUAAGCAUCACUACGCUUUCGUAAAUCCAAAAAUCAAUUCUAUUCAACCCAAAUACGGUCCACAAUCGGGCGGCACUAAGCUACGUAUCACAGGCGAGUAUCUGAACGCGGGAAGCAAUAUACAGGCGUUUAUCGACGAUUUGCCUUGCGCUAUUUUAUCCGUAUCUCACGAGGAAGCGGUUUGUAGAACUAGUCAUUCGUAUCAGCUCAAAAUGGGCACGCUCCGGAUGCGUUUCGAUAAUGGUAUGCGCACUUUGGAGCGCGAAAAGUUCGAAUACAUCGAGGAUCCCGUCGUCGUGUCCGUAGAGUCGGGCCCGCCGCUAGCGUCGCAACGUAAGCAACCCAAAGGCAUUCCGUCCGGAGGGAUAAACAUCAAAGUAAUGGGGCGUAAUUUCCAUUCCAUUCAGUUUCCACAAAUAUACGUGUAUCACGAUAACCGACCCUACAUAGCCCCUUGUCAUAGAGUCGAUUUUCAAAACCAUCUCAUAUGCGAAUCUCCCGGGAUCGAAAGCGCCGGCUUGAACCUAGAUCCCGAUAGGCCUAUGGAGUUAGAGUACGGCUUCAAUAUGGACGACGUUCAGAGCGUUCAAAAUCUCACUAGUAAGACCGGGGACGCGUUUCUUCUCUACCCGGAUCCGAUAUACGAGAAGUUCGAUGAGGACGUAAAGUAUUAUAAGUCUGAAUAUUUGACCAUCAACGGUCAGAACUUAGACCGAGCUUGCACCGAGAGCGACGUCGAAGUUCACAUCGGAGAGAGCCUGUGCAACGUCACCUCUCUCGCGCGGCACCAGCUGACGUGUCGGCCGCCGUCGCGCGACGAGUUGCCGGACGGCGUCGACACUCCAGACGUCGUCGUCAAGGUCGGGCGCGCGCUAACUUAUAAGAUUGGUAAAUUAUCUUAUUCUUCGCAAGCCGGCUUGCAGGCGGCGAUAGGGAAGCCAGUAUUAUUCGGUGUUAUAGCAAGUAUAGUAAUACUCAUUUUAGUAUUUGUCGUGUUUCUAGUUAUGUAUAGGAGAAAAUCAACUGAAAAUAUUAGAGUUUUAAAGAAUAUGCAGGAGCAGAUGGAUAUUUUAGAAUUAAGGGUAGCUGCGGAGUGCAAGGAGGCGUUCGCGGAAUUGCAGACUGAGAUGACCGACUUGACGGGUGACGUGACUGGUGGUAUUCCUUUCUUGGACUACCGCACGUACGCCAUGAAGAUCCUGUUCCCCAACAUAGACGACCACGCCGUCCUUCAGUGGGAACGUCCAGAGCUUAUUAGAAAAGAAAAGGGCUUGAGAAUGUUCGGGCAGCUUAUUAUGAAUAAAACAUUCCUUCUAUUAUUUAUACGUACUUUAGAAAGCAAUAGAUAUUUUUCCAUGCGCGAUCGUGUUAACGUAGCUUCUCUCAUAAUGGUAACUUUACAGAGUAAGAUGGAGUAUUGUACUGACGUAUUGAAGACUCUCCUCGCAGAGCUCAUAGAGAAAUGCAUGGAGAGCAAGAGCCAUCCCAAGUUGUUGCUUCGGCGCACCGAAAGCGUGGCCGAGAAAAUGUUGAGCGCUUGGUUCACGUUUCUUUUGUACAAAUUCCUACGCGAGUGCGCCGGCGAACCGCUGUAUCUGUUGUUUAGAUCUAUGAAAGGUCAAGUAGACAAAGGGCCCGUAGACGUAAUUACCUCCGAGGCGCGAUACUCUCUGAGCGAAGAGAAACUAAUUAGGCAGUCGAUCGAUUUCAAACCGAUGACCGUGAGCGUGUCCAUAUCGCAACAGACCAUCUUCGUCAGCGGCCUAGAGGCCACGACGGAAAACGUGCACGUGAAAGUACUCGACUGUGAUACGAUUAGCCAAGUAAAAGAAAAAUGCUUAGACGCUAUCUACCGCGCGACGCCGUACUCUCAGAGGCCGAGUCGUGACGAGUUGGACUUGGAAUGGCGCACGGGCGCUUGCGGCCGCUUGAUUCUGUACGACGAAGACAGCACCACGAAGUGCGAAGGCGAAUGGCGCAAGCUCAACACGCUCAAUCACUAUCGCGUUCCCGACGGCGCUUGCCUGAGUCUAGUCGCCAAGCAGAGCUCGGUCUACAAUCUAUCCAAUAUGGAGAAGAACGACAAGUCGCACACUUACGAAACCCUAAAUAGAGGCAAAUACGGUUCCGCCAGUCCUCCGGCCAGCCCGCUCAAGUACGAACACGGGGGCGGCUUCAAGUACUGGCACCUCGUGCGGCAUCACGACGGCGACGCGCACAAAGAGGGCGAGCGCGGAAACAAAAUGGUAUCCGAAAUAUACCUCACGCGUCUGCUCGCCACUAAGGGCACGUUGCAAAAGUUCGUCGACGAUUUAUUCGAGACUAUUUUCAGCACCGCACACCGCGGCUCCGCUUUACCGCUCGCUAUAAAAUACAUGUUCGACUUCCUCGACGAUCAGGCGCUGCAGCACGCCAUUUCCGAUCCCGAAGUCGUGCACACUUGGAAAAGCAACUCUCUCCCCUUGCGUUUCUGGGUGAAUCUGAUCAAAAACCCCAACUUCGUGUUCGACGUGCACAAGUCGAACACCGUGGACUCGUGCCUGUCCGUGAUCGCGCAGACGUUCAUGGACUCGUGCUCGACCUCCGACCACAUCCUCGGCAAGGACUCGCCCUCCUCCAAGCUGCUGUACGCCAAAGACAUCCCCGUGUACAAGGAGUGGGUGGAGCGCUACUACGCGGACAUCAAGCUGAUGCCGGCCAUCUCCGACCAGGACAUGAACGCGAUGCUGGCGGAGGAGUCGCGCCUGCACACCAAGGAGUUCAACACGAACUGCGCGCUCAACGAGCUGUACGCGUACGCCGUCAAGUACAACGAGCAGCUCAUGGUGACGCUGGAGGAGGACGAGUUCUCGCAGAAGCAGCGGCUCGCGUUCCGCCUGGAGCAGGUGCACGGCCUCAUGGCGCACGACUACAACGUCUGAGCACCAGUACCCACCGCCCUGUACAUAUACUGCCCCCGCACAUAUCUAUGCUGGCGACUAUUGUAUAUAUUAGAUAGUGUACAGUCUUUAAUAUUGUAAUUUUUGUAUAAUUUCAGCGGUCCGAUGUCGUUUUUUAAUUUUAUAUAUGAACUUUGUAUUGAUUUUACACGACGAAUCCGACCGGCCGCGGUCGUGCCACAGUAUGCAUCGUAAACUAAAUUGUGUAUGUCUGUCUAUGUGUGCUCGCGUCGUACGAGUUAAUGUUACGUCGAUCGGUGUAAAAUGUGUGUCGCAAAUGAAAUCGCAUGUGAGCUCGCCGGCGAGCGCUGUCGCUCGGCGGCGGGCGAAUUUUAAAUUUGUACUCGCAAUCUACUUAACGAAAUAACCGUCAAUGAUCCGGUGAACGAUUCCAUUAUUAAAUAUCGUCGAAUGUA